GAAAAGGAUAGGAGAAUACUCAACAGUGUUAUUCCUGAGAGCUUAAGACACAAAAGAAAACUUUGAUUUAAUCCGGAAUAAUUAAGACUGCUUUAGUGAAGGAUUUAGUAAAGCCUUAUAUCUACUAUAGAAUGGAUGUGAAAAAUAACGUUUGUAGUCUCUGAUUCUCCUAAAAUCGACGGAAUCUAUUGCGUACGUUUACAAAUUAGGCCCUUACGAAAUCACAGUAUCGAACUAUACAAUCAAAGCUCAUUCGGUCCGGGUGAUGUGGACCGAGCCGUCGACGUUGCUGCGUGUUUAUAACUAUUAGUGCUUUGGUCGACUCGAUCGCGUAAGCAACUGCUUUCUUUCGCUGCCGUCGUGCAUUUUCCAAUCGUCUGGCUCAUUUUGCAGCGAUAGCUGUUUCGUGUAUCUAGAGUGCUGCUUCACUGUUGUUUUUUUGUGUCGCUGGAGAGGUCAAAAGUCCAACAGGUUGAUUAUAUAAUCGAAACGAUGGCACCAAAGGAACCUUCUCCGCUCGUAAAGCUGUAUCUAAUCCUGUAUAAUGGAGGUCAAGUUCUAGGGUGGUCCUACAUGUUUUACCAACUACUAGCGUAUUAUACAUUUGACAAGGGCAAUGGUAAGCCACUAUGGGACUAUUUAGGAACCACCGUAAUCAUAUUCCAAAAUGCUGCUGUACUCGAAAUUAUUCACGCUGCAACACGAAUCGUUCCAAGUAAUCCAGUAAUUACGACGUUCCAAGUAUUCUCACGAGUCAUGGUCGUGUGCGGCGUUGUAAUGGCCACACCCACGGGGAAGACAUCCCCCGGAUUACCACUGGCGCUACUCGCCUGGACAAUCACGGAAAUCAUCCGGUACGGGUACUACGCCCUGAACCUCGUCAAUGCCGUCCCUCAUUUCGUGAUCUUCCUCCGGUACACUACAUUUAUUGUACUCUACCCGAUCGGAGUGACUGGCGAGUUGCUGUGCUUCUACUGGGCUCAAAGCUACGUGCGCGAAUCCAAACAGUGGAGCAUCGAAAUGCCGAAUCCGUACAACUUCACCUUUUCGUACUUCUACUUCCUGUGGCUGAUCAUGCUGCUGUACAUUCCACUGUUCCCGCAGAUGUACCUGCAUAUGUUUGCCCAGCGGAGGAAAAUUCUGGGCGGUGGAAGCAAACAAAAGCGAUCAUCUAUUGAUGCGAAUCAAAACCCCUCAUCAGAUGAAGCAACGGCUCGUCAAUCUGCAAGUUCAGCUGACCCAUUAUCUUACGCUUAAUUAAUGUAUAAACUCUAAAUAUUAUUAUUUAGAAUUUUAGAAUUAUAAAAUCAUAGAAUUUUGAAUCAAAUAUGGGAAAUAAUGAGGAACGAAUGAUAAAACUACAGCAACAAGAUUUCUUUAACGAAGACUGAAUGACUUUGAACGCAGACUUUAACGUACUUUGAAUGAUAGAAAUAAUUUUAAGGUUCUUGAAAUUCAGCUAAAAUGUGUACCUACAGUAAUAUUGACAAUGCAAAUGCACUAUUUUUUAGGUUUGAUCGAAAGAAUUUAAAAUAAGUUUUCGCUAAUAUAAAACUGAGUUAAAUAUA